AUGGAAUUCGUUUGCAUCUACAUCAAGAGCUCCAGCACAAGCACCAGUGUCUUCACUCACGUCGAAGUACUGUCGUCCGGGGCGCCGACAACAGCGAGCACGUUUGCCGACAGCGAUUACGAAGCUGCUGCGCUGUCCGAAGCCCUUGGCACUGUUGCUGUUACAAAACAGGCCAAGACUCAUUCACGAUUGGCUUCGGUUUCCAAGUGUGUGCAACCCGUGUCGCCAGGGCCAGUUGGCCUGUCCUUAUCAUCGGGCUAUCACCCCGAUCAUGGCUUCUUCGUCGUCGCCUGUAGCAGCGCGUGCAAGCACUUGCAUGGAUUUCGGAUAUGA